UCGAGUCACAUAAGGCACUUCUUCUGUCAGGCUCAUGAAAUGGAUUUGAUCUAUGGAAAUUCUAGUUUCAUACUUUCAACAGUUGCUUCUGCUGAAAAAUCCUCUCAAUGCAAAGAUAAUUCCACUGAAAAAGAAGAACAAGAGCGAGAAAUCACUUCCCCAAAGUGGACUAAAGUUCUUCUGAUUGUUCUGGGUUUCUCUCUUAUUUUGGCUCUCGGAGGUCUCUGCGCUCUAGGGAUGUUUUAUAAUAAGAAGCUCACUGAUUUUAAAUCACUGAAUAAUCAGCACAUCAUGAUUUCAACGGAACUGUCAGCUCAAGAGAUCAACAGCACAAUCAUGAAGAAAGAGUUUAAUGAUCUUACAACCAGAUACAACACACUUAGAAAAUGGCUGUCUUUUUAUGAUGCUCAGUCUUGUAAUCUCUCUGUGGAUGGCUGGAUAGCUUGUCAUGGAAAGCUGUAUUUGUUCAACUCUGAUAAACUUAACUGGUCAAGCAGUCGAGAUGUCUGUGUUUUAAAAGGAGCUGAUCUGGUCACCAUAACCAGCCAAACAGAACAGAAUUUUCUGGCCUCUAAAAUUAAAGAGACACACUGGAUUGGUCUGAAUGAUCUGGAAUCUGAGGGACACUGGGUUUGGGUGAAUAACCAAACUCUUAAUGAAACUGGAGCACA